UUCGCGAAGAUAUAUUUUGACGUACAACUCUGAUAGAGAGGUGCGAUACGUGCUUCAAACGAAAAAGAUGAAAUUUAAUCAGAGAAACAAUUGAUAUCAGACAAUUGAUGUCUUUUUAGCAGCACUGUCGUUCAAUAAAAAAGAAUUCUUUUUUUUUAUUCAGUCAGGGAAGGGAAAAAACAAAACAAAAUCUCAAGGGAAACCUGGCUCUCUUGGAUCCAUUGGAUAUGCGCUUGAUCAAAUGGGAAAAUACAAUAUCUCGGUUUUUCUGGGAGUCGUAGAUUAAAAUCUUAAGUGUUUCGAAAAACAUCCCUCAGAAAUUGGAUAAAAUGCUUUAAUUUUUUGGUUAAAAAACUUUGUCUGAUUGGCAAUAACUGCUUUUUUUCUGUAGCCGAAGUUUUACUAAAAAUGUUUGGAAAUCCAUGGAAAAAGUUUCGAGUUUUAGAAUUAAAUUGAAGAGUAAUCUGGACAGCAUAAGUCACGAAAACUGUUGAGAAAAUUCUGGCGUUUGGAUCAGCUAGUUUCACUCAUGCCGAAUAUCGUGAAGCUAUUUCAUUCGUGUGGGUCUCUUCUUCUUGAGAACCCGUUACAUUUUCUUUUAGAAGAAGUGAGAACAUUAAUUUCUUUCCUUAUUUGUAUAUCUAAAAACAGACCAAUUUAUUCAGAUGGCGUGACAAAUAACUCAAAUAGGUUUUUUCCAAACAAUUUCAAUAACUUUAAUCAACAACAAGAUAUAGCUCUUAAUGUGUUUCGAUUCACUUAGUUCUCUAUCUCCAGGUAAAAUUAGUAACCAGAGAUGGACAACAAAUUUAUGAAUGCUAAUUAUGUUCGAGUGUUGGAGAGUGACUGCUGACUGAGUAAUUUUUUGAAGCCUGACAUUUUUUUAGUUGCUCACUAUCUCGAAAAAAGAAAAGAAAUCAAAGAAUAUCUGUUUCUUUGACUUCAGGAGAGUUAAACACAUGAGAAUGUUGUCGAAACUAUGAAUUAAAGCGUUCAAGUUGUACGAUUUUUUCUUUCAUAAAGAUAAGACAUUGUUUUCUGUAGAAUUAUCUAUAGUCAAAGUUGAGGAGCCGAAAAUUUCCAUUGGGCUCAGUUUUCUACCUUAAUCAUCAUCUCUCUGUUAUCUAACACCUAUUUCAAUUUUUUUGUGUUUAUAUAUUUAGAAUGCACAAAUGAAGAACAAUCAUCAUCAACUAUACUAAAAAAUUUAACAAAUUUGCUAUCGGAUAAAGGAACAGCACCUUCAUCAUCAACAAUACCAGAUUGUUGUUCACCAUUAUCAUUGAAACAUAAUCAAGAAUUUCUUGAAACUGUACAACAACAAGAUAUGCAUAACAAUUUUAGUGAUCAAGAAUCAGUUAAACAAUCAAAUAGUAAUGAGACUGAGGAUGAUGAUGGCAACGAUGAAAAUAACGAUGAUUAUUCAAAUCAGACAGACAAUCAAAUCGUAGAUAAACUUGUUCAACAUCAAACAUCGCCAACACAAAGAACUGAAUUAUCACCACAACG